GUCCAUUUUUGUAAAAGGAGGAGGUUGGGUGAAAAUUGCUGAAUUUGCUCAUAAGCUUUCUAGUUUAUCAUAUAGUAGUACGGCUAUCACCUCGCUACCCUGUUCAGAAGAAUUUGUCCGGAACUUUUCAAAUACUUUCCUCAAUACUUCAUAGAUCCAAAUACUACAGCCUUCUCGUAUAAACACCGUGCAGUGCAUGCGACCUUGCGGUCAAUGGCCUUAACUUUCAAAAGUCAGCCUUCAAAUCUAUGACAAAGGUCAGGGGUAACGCCACAAUCUGACUUCACGGAAGUCGCAUCUUUACAGAGAGUAAUUGAGUCGCUCUGUGCUCGUCUCCUACGCCAUGGUUAAGCCAACAGAAGCCGCGCUGUAUGCGACAGUUGGUGGUAUCUCUACCGCCGUGGCGGCUCUCAAUGUUUUCUACCCGCAAAUCCGACAGGACUUGAAGUUUAUGUGGCAAUUUCGAGGCGCAAUGUCCCGUUUUAGGCGGUACACGUCAGCCCAGCCUCCCGUUUCCCUGGUGGACCGUUUCCUCCACCAGGUGCAGCUCCAACCCGACAAGCCCUUCGUUCUGUUCGAGGACCAGCUCUACACGUACAAGGACGUGGAUGUCAUGUCCAACAAGGUGGCCAAUGUUUUCCACGGGGAGGUGGUUACGUGCGGGGACACCGUCGCCAUGUUGGUUUACAACGAACCGGCCUUCAUCUGGACUUUCCUGGGCCUGGCUAAGUUGGGAGUGAAGAUCGCCCUGUUGAACACCAACCUGAGGAACAAGUCCUUAGUGCACUGUUUCAAGGCGGCAGAGGCGAAGGUUCUUAUUGUGGGACAAGGCCAACCUUUACUGGAAGCAACAGUAGAAAUCUUACCGUCAUUGGAACAGAUAGGUGUGACGGUCUGGGUACAGGGAGACAACCCUGGUCUCAACGACUUUCGUUCAUUGGAUGAUAAAAUCAACCAAACCCCGGACCAUCCAAUCCCAUUCAAGCUACGAGAAAACGUCCUCGUAAACGACACUUUUUGUUACAUCUAUACAUCUGGAACAACAGGUUUGCCCAAAGCUGCCAAAGUGACCGUGGGAAGGUUAUCCCAAGCAGCAUGUUCAUUCGGGGUUUCGAACGUGAAGGCCAAUGAUGUUGUGUACGUGACUCUGCCCCUGUACCAUUCCAACGCGCUGUUUGCCGGCCUGGGAGGCGCCAUUGAGUAUGGGCACACUUUAGCACUUGCCAGGAAGUUUUCAGCAACACGAUUUUGGGACGACUGUCGUAAAUACAACGCAACUAUCAUCCUGUACAUCGGAGAGCUACUGAGAUACCUGUGCGCUCAACCAAAGACUCCCUUUGACAGGAAUCACAGCGUCCGACUGGCCUUUGGGAACGGACUCCGGCCGGACGUGUGGGUAAAGUUCCGGGACAGGUUUGGGGUGGGGGAGAUUAUGGAGAUCUACGGCUCCACGGAGGGGAACGUGUCGUUCAUCAACAUCACCAACAAAACUGGUGCCGUCGGCAUGCUGACUCCAUUGCUUAGAAGAAUGAAUGACAGAUUCAAAGGGGCCUCCUUUCUGAAAGUAGACCCUGAAACGAACGAACCUGUCAGGGACCAGAAUGCCAGAUGCAUUCCCGUGAAACCUGGAGAGCCGGGUCUUCUUGUUGGUCCUGUAACAGACGCCACUCCCUUCGUUGGGUACCAAGGAGAUAGGAAGUUAACAGACAAGAAGAUUCUUCGUAACGUCUUUAAGAAAGGCGACACCUUUUUCAACACGGGGGACCUGAUGAUGAUGGACAAGGACUACUAUGUGUACUUCAUAGACCGUCUGGGGGACACCUACAGGUGGAAAGGCGAAAACGUGGCAACAACCGAGGUGGCAGAGGUCUUACAUGAUAUAGAAGGUGUGCAGGAAGCUAACGUCUACGGGGUUAUCGUGCCAGGUCAUGACGGUCGAGCUGGGAUGGCGGCCAUUGUUGUACAUCCGGGACACCUGCCGAACAUGUGGGAUUGGUACGCCCAUCUGUCCUCCCGCCUACCAGGCUACGCCCGCCCGUUGUUCCUCCGUCUCACGCAGCACUUAUCCCACACCACCACGUUCAAACAGACCAAGGCAGAGCUGAUAAAGGAGGGAUUUGAUCCCAACGUUGUCACGGAUCGUCUGUACUUUCGUGACGACUCUAAGAAGACCUACGUCCCACUAGAUUCGGAGGUCUACAAGGCUAUUGCCGUCGGCAAGGCAAAACUUUGAAAGAACAGUGUGUCCAAUUUGUUUACAUCCCCAAAUGUUGUAGCGUGAUUUAAUUUUCAUAACGGUUUUGUGUUAUCAUUUUUAAGAAAAUUUUUCUACAAUCCAUGUUUUGUCAAAAGUGAUUUGUCGUAUACUUAGCAGACAACUUUUAGAUCCUUUGAUAAGAAUCCAGCAUUCGCCCAGUAGACGAAACGUGGUCAGCCGUUAAUGACAUAAAUGUAGCUGUCUUGAAUUGUUCAGAAACUAUCACAGAAGUUACACACAACACUGGCUUCAGCAAAAUCAUUUGUUCAGUUGUAUACAUUUCAUAUGGAACAAAACAAGAUGAAACAGAUUGUCGAUACAUCAUUAUAGAAUUAACAUUUAUAUAAUUAUAUGGUUUGUUUAUAUAUAUAACAGUUAUGACAUUGACCCUUUCAGGUGAUGUCAAGUAACUCACUCACCAAUAUUAAUACUACAUGUUCGUUUGAAUAUACACAGUAAUGCAUGUAAUAUUAUAUCAAAUCCACUAUCCAUUCACCAGAAUAUAUGCCAAAGGCUUCGAUAUCGUAACAUUUUAAAUGAUACAUAAUAAGUAAAUCAUAACAAUAUAUUAAGAUCCAUGACGAUGAAA